AUGCCACGAGCGGACCAAGACAACUACGCUGAUGCUGGAUCAGAGCUAAAUGUAUCCUUGACGCCCUCAAGUACAGCAACCUCAUCUUCAAAAAUAACACUGAAUCGAAUAGCAGUGAAUGGUGGUACACAUGACAAACAACAAACUGCUGAUAGAGACUAUAGUUCAGAUGCAAAUGGUGACAAGUGCAAUGGCCCUGCACGUUUAACAGUACGACAGUUUUUAAAGAAAGAACUAGUUGAUGAUUUCCAUCCCAGCUACUUUGUUUCCUUCUUAGGGUGUGGAAUAACAGGUAACAUCUUCUACGCCUUCCCUUAUGGUGCCCGCUGGCUAGAGUUUAGUGCACACAAAAUCGCCGAUAUCAAUGCUAGCAUAUUCAUGCCAGUAGUCUGUUGUUGUGUUGUCUCCUCGCCGGGUCAUCUUAUAGCUCCUGAGUUGGAAACUCGCAAUCAAAAGAUUAUUACCGAAGUCACUGCAUUGAUGUUGUUUUUCAUUUCACUAAUGCUUUUCCACGGAGUUGGUGCCAUUUUCAUGGUUAGAUUGAUUCUUUGCAAGAUUCCAAGCACGCCGCAGAUUUUUACGCAGUUUUUACCGAUUGGGUUUGUUGGUCAAAGCAGUUACAGCAUGAUGUUAUUUGGUAACAACAUGUACGAUUUCAUCCCAGACGACGCUUUAGCUAAAGCGUUUUUGGUUCCGUCUGCUUUAGGGGCUUAUCUUUUAUUAGCAGGCGGUUACAUAUACUUAUUCAUCGCCAUAGCGUCAUGCAUGUCUAAAAGUUCUCCAUUUGCCAAAAACCAUGACCCCGAUUGGACAACAAAAAGGUUUGGCUUGAUCAAAUGGAACAAAGGCUGGUGGACUAUGACAUUCCCGGUGGGUACUAUGUCACUUGCAAAUAAUGAAAUAUCCAAGGGUGUGGCGGGCUACGACUUUUUGUUCUUCAAAGUCAUGAGCGCUAUAAUAGGAAUUCAAUCGUUAUUAAAGACAGAAAAAGAAGCAGCUGAGAUUGUUAACGAGGCAAGAAAGUACAGAACCGGUAGAUUGAAAACUGCAAAGCAAGACGCUCAGCAAGAAAUUGAAAACUACAAAAAGCAAAAGGAAGAGGAAUUACAAAAGUUUGAAAAGGACCAUGAAGGCAUAAAUGAUCAGAUCAAUAAAGAAGCUGAAGCUGAAAUUGAAAAGGAACUCAAGAGUUUGAAAGAGCAGUUUGAGAAAAAGAAGUCGGAUGUUGUAAAAUUGUUAGUCGAAGCCACAAUUUCGCCAAAUCCUCAGGUGCACAUUAAUGCAAACACGUAA